ACGCUGUGGGUAAGAAAGCCCCUUCCCACUGUGCAGGGCAUUUGCCUGGCAUUGCAAACAGGCACCAGGAUGUCGGGGGACUGCCUGUGCCAAGUACAUAGGCGAACCCAGGGCCAAGUGUCAGUCCAUCCGCUGGAAUAGUACAACGAGUUACAGUAUCAUGUUUGUACCUUUUUCAUCCUCCCUGGGGAAGGCGAUUCAAGCAUCUAUUGGCACAUCACCUGGAUGAAAACCAAGAACUUUAGGUGAAGAAUUGGACUCUGUGCAUUCGGGGAGUGCACGCUGUGAAGACUAAGCAGGGAACCUAGGUCCCAAGUUCUUCAAAGCCCAGUUGUUCCAAGCUCCACCUCUCCCACUUCGACUGCACUGAUUGACCUUACUGCCAGAAGUCAUUUUAAAAAACGGAAAAUCCACAGUACUUUAGGAAGGGUGGCGUCUCUGAAUUUUCUGUUUUCUACCACUGAUCUUGAUAUUAUUCCUCUGAGUUGUACCUUUUCCCCGUGUCCUGUGGUUUUGUGCUUUCCAUAUCGAGGCUCAGAGACGCUGCUGUGCAGUAAGAAUACAGUCUAUGGGUCAGUUGGAUCCAGUCCCCCAAGCCAGUGGCUCACUCCGUGAUCUUGGGCAAGCUGCCCCUGCACAGAGGCAGUUUCCUCGACUGUAAAACGAGGUGGAUAAUACAGUGUUCCGCUCCUGGAGUGGCUGCGAGGGUUGCAUUCAUGCAUGCGAAGCACCCCACGUUGCAUGAGAAACAGUGAAGACUGAACAGAAUGGCUGCACAUCAGUGGUUCUCAAUGUGGCCACACACCGGAAUCAUCUGGGGUAAAGAAUACCCAUGCAUGGAAAUUAGCUCUCCACGGAGAUUCAGGCUUGACUCGUUGAGGUGUAGCUUGAGCAUCAGGAUGUUUUAAAGCUUCCCAGAUGAUUCUAAUGGGCAACCAAGAUUGAGAGCCACUCUUCAAAAUAACUCGGGAAACAAGGUGUUCUGAGAGCUCCCGUCCAAGGCUGCACAGUCUCUCAGAGGAAGAUGGCUAGUGGGUGUCAAGCCUGAAUGGAUGCCCUGUGUUUUUCUUGUAAAACUCACAUUGAAGAUGGAGGCUGUGCAAAGCCCUUCUGGUCCAGGUACUUGUCCAAGGUCCCCCAGGGUUUGCGACCUGAUGAAAGUGAGGUUCCAUGUAACGUGUGUAUGUUUCUCAUUAAAGUUCCACAUUCAGAAAUCAGCUUCAGAGACAGCAGGAAAAGAAGGUGAACUUGUUUGCAUAGAAGGAGUUUCUCUUCCUUCAAGCCACGCCAGCCUCUAAGCCUUCAUAAGGCAGAGAAGGCAGCGUUUCCCUGGCACACUCUGGAAGACUCCGCAUUCACCAGCGUGGCUCAUUUUUAAGACAAAAGGGUGCACACCCUGACCAGGAGAUCUGAGCAGUUUAACUGUUUGCUGUCUACAUCAGAGCCCCAGGACAUGUAGAAAUUCCCUGCAAGGCCGGACCCACCAACAUGAGGCCUUGCCCAAGGAGACUCUGUCAUCUGGCCCAAACUGUCCAGGGGCCUUUGCUUUUGGCUCUGCUCAUCUUCUUCCUCUUCACCUUGCCCUCCUUUAUUAAGGAACCUAACACAAAGCCUAGCAGGAAUCAGCAUCAACAGGACAUUAAGGAAAGGUCCCCAGAAUUACUGCAAAAUGCUAUGUCUCAGGCACCCAUCACGAGAAGGAGGGCGACCACCCACAUGGAGUCAGUACAGGGGACCCGCGGUCGGGACACACCCCCCAAGGCCACAACCCUCACGGCGGGCAAGCGCAGAGGAGCGCAGACCACCAGCAAGGCCCGUGCCGAGGAGCCGGGCAGAGCGCCCACCCCCACCAGAAAGGCGGCACCGCAGACACUGGUGAGCAAGGACACCGGGGUGGACGCGCUGCCCCCGACGGCUGGAGGUGGGGGCGUGGCCUCCGGCAGGACCGAAGCACCAUCACUGAACAGUCGGAACCCGAGGACGGCCAAAGGAUCUGGGGACCGGAAGGCGAGGCCGACAGGCCCCGAAGCGGUGCCCACGAAGCCGCGGGACAGCCCGGCAACUGCAGCUAAGACCCUCCUUCCAAAACACCAGGCCAGGGCGCGGACCCCCGGGGGAGGGGGGCGGACGGGGAAGGGAGCCAGAGGAACCACCCCAGACAGAGCCCAGCCCACCGGGUCCUCGGCCCCUCUCCGGAGCCCCGCCACCCAGAGAAGCCAGAAGCUAAAGGCCACCAACUUCAAGUCUGAGCCCCAGUGGGAUUUUGAGGAGGAAUACAGUCUGGAGGUGGGCGGCCUGCAGACGACCUGCCCUGACUCGGUGAAGAUCAAAGCCUCCAAGUCACCCUGGCUCCAGACUCUCUUUCUGCCCAACCUCACCCUCUUCCUGGACUCCAGACACUUCAACCAGAGCGAGUGGGACCGCUUGGAGCACUUCGCUCCGCCCUUCGGCUUCAUGGAGCUCAAUUUCUCCUUGGUGCAGAAGGUCGUGAUGCACUUCCCCCCGGUGCCCCAGCAGCAGCUGCUCCUGGCCAGCCUCCCUGCCGGGAGCUCCCGCUGCAUCAGCUGUGCCGUGGUGGGCAACGGGGGCAUCCUGAACAACUCCCACGUGGGCCCAGAGAUAGACAGCCACGACUAUGUGUUCCGGCUGAGUGGCGCCGUCAUCAAAGGCUAUGAACACGAUGUGGGUACUCGGACCUCCUUCUACGGCUUUACUGCCUUCUCUCUGACCCAGUCACUCCUUACACUGGGCAGUCGGGGUUUCCGGCACGUGCCUCUGGGGCAGGAUGUCCGCUACCUGCACUUCCUGGAAGGCACCCGGGACUAUGAGUGGCUAGAAGCACUGCUUCUGAAUCAGACCGUGGCUUCAAGGAACCUUUUCUGGUUCAGGCGCAGACCCCAGGAGGCCUUCCAGGAAGACUUCCAACUGGACAGAUACCUGUUGCUGCACCCAGACCUGCUCCGAUACAUGAAGAACAGAUUCCUGAGGUCUAAGACUCUGAACACUGCCCACUGGAGAAUAUACCGGCCCACCACGGGGGCCCUCCUGCUGCUCACUGCCCUCCAGCUCUGUGACCAGGUGAGUGCCUAUGGGUUCAUCACCGAGGGCCACGAACGCUUCUCUGACCACUACUAUGAUAAGUCCUGGAAACGAACAAUCUUUUACAUCAACCAUGACUUCAAGUUAGAGAGGACGCUCUGGAAGCGGCUACAUGAUGAAGGUAUUAUCCGGCUGUACCAACGUCCUAUAACUUCCAAACCGACCAUCUGACGGGAGUCUGGGCUACCGAAGUCCCUUCAGUUAUUCUAAGACUCAGAGCACAGUGGGAGACCAUCGGCUCAUCUGUCAUCUUCCCAGCGCCUGGACCAGGCUCUGAGCCCCUCUAGACUUCGGGGGUAGAGGUCUACCAAACUAGUGCAGAGGCGGGGACACCCUCAAGAUGGCAAAUGAUGGACUGAGGUUUCGGAGACCUUGGAAAAAUUUCUGCAGAGUCUGUUCCAUGGAGCUGGGAACUCAAUUUUUUAAACCAAGGGGACUUCCCUGGUGGCUCAGACGGUAAAGAAUCUGCCUGCAAUGCAGGAGACCUGGGUUCGAUCCCUCAGUCAGGAACAUAGCCUGGAAAAGGGCAUGGCAACGCACUCCAGUAUUCUUGCCUGGAGAAUCCCAUGCACAGAGGAGCCUGGCAGGCUACAGUCCAUGGGGUUGCAAAGAGCUGGAUACGAUUUAGCGACUAACACUUUCACAUUUUCACUGUUCAGAAGCUACUUGGCACAGAAGGAGGAGUCUGAACUUAUGGAGACAUGUAGGUUUGGGAUUGAAUUACAGAUCUUCCACUUAGCAGCCAUGAAAUCUUGAAGGCAUGACUGUAUUUCACUCUAGACCGUCUGGUGGACCCUUCCAGGGGUUAUCUGAUUCUAAUAGAAGGUCUGCAAACUUUCCUUAUCUUUGAGCUAUUUGACAACUCUCUGGGUUGUAGAAAAUUGAUAGUAAUAAAAAUGAUUUCUGUCUGAAUGAAAAAUGGG